ACUCACAGAAGCCGCACAACCUUGUCCAGCAUGGAGAAACACCUGUUCAGCCUGAAGUUCGCGGCCAAAGAACUGAACAGGAGUGCCAGAAAAUGCGACAAGGAGGAAAAGGCCGAAAAGGCCAAAAUUAAAAAGGCCAUUCAGAAGGGCAACAUGGAAGUUGCGAGGAUACACGCUGAAAACGCCAUCCGCCAGAAGAACCAAGCGGUCAAUUUCUUGAGAAUGAGCGCGCGGGUGGAUGCGGUGGCUGCCCGAGUCCAGACCGCGGUGACCAUGGGCAAAGUGACCAAGUCCAUGGCCGGUGUGGUUAAGUCCACGGAUGCGACGUUGAAGACCAUGGAUCUGGAGAAGAUCUCUGCUUUGAUGGACAAAUUCGAGCACCAGUUUGAGACCCUGGACGUCCAGACGCAGCAAAUGGAAGACACAAUGAGCAGUACGACGACGCUGAGCACUCCCCAGAACCAGGUGGAUAUGCUGCUCCAGGAAAUGGCAGAUGAGGCGGGCCUCGACCUGGGCAUGCAGCUGCCGCAGGGCCAGACCGGUUCCGUGGGAAGGAGCGUGGCUUCGGGUGAGCAGGAUGAACUGUCCCAGAGACUGGCCCGCCUUCGGGAUCAAGUCUGA